AAAACCUAAUAAAAACAUAUAUUUUAGAUCACUGAUUCAAACCGAAAAGGUGGAAUUAUGCAAGGAAUAAUAUUCUGUAUUGCUGCGUCUCUCAUCAUUGCUGAGGGCCGGGAACUGACCGCCACUUUAGAGGUUAAAGGGGGUGACUGGGGAUUGUGGGGAGAUGUGGCAUACUGUCCCGAGGGGAGUUUUGCAGAUGGUUACAAAAUGAAGAUUGAGCCGAGACAGUUCUGGGGAGAUGACACAUCUCUAAACAGAGUUGCCAUCUCCUGUAGGGAUGCAGUAUCCCUAGAGGAGACUAGCGAGGUGACACCUCAUCCACACAUGAAAGCAUUCGGUUCCUGGGGCUCAAAGACUUCUUGUCAUGAGGGAGAUUUCCUGACGUCAUUUGCCCUGCAGGUGGAAAAGCCUCAGGGAAAAGGUGAUGACACUGCGGCCAACUUUCUGAAGUUUACAUGCAGAAACACCACGAUGGGAGAACCUUAUGUAUUAGCUCACCAGCCAGGAGCAGGGUAUUGGGGGACGUACGGAGAAUGGAGCGAAACGUGUCCCCAAGGGUCUGCCAUCUGCGGAAUUCAACAGAAAAUUGAGUCUUACCAGUCAAUCUGGGGCGAUGACACGGAACUGAAUAAUCUUCGAUUUUUCUGCUGUAAGCUUUAAUAAAAGAUAAGAAAAUACACCUCUCUGUGAAA